AUGUUUGCGAUCAAGGUGGCGCUCGUGGCUGCGGGCGCUGUGAGAGGCGCGCUCGGCCUCCACCACUCGGUGCUUCCGCCCGCCUCCCGCGCGCUGUCGUCGCACGGCUACCGAGCGCACACGACGAAAACGAUGGCUCAGGGCGAGAGCCGUGAGGAGUACUACAGGAAGGAUGGCGUGCGGAUCACCCACGACCCGUACGCUCCGGGAAUGGCAGAGAAGUAUGGCCUCCCCGGUGCGACGGAUGCGGAGGGCUUCGACCCGUACGCGGACACGGUGGGGCCUGGUAUCUACGGCGGCAACGUGAAGCGCGACGACAAGGGGGAGGUCGUCAUCGGGCGCCAGUACCAGAACCACAACAAGCACCCAGGGCCCGUGUACGCGGGAGGCGGCUACACGCUCAUGUCGAAGGCCAUCCAGGCGGGCCCGGAGACCGUGCGGCAGGUCCUCGCCGACUUCCCUGAGCUCGCGAACGAGGUCACGACGGGCGGGGCGUCGCCCCUGCACAUGUGCGGCAUGAGUCAGCGCGGCCAGGACUCAACGCAGGUGCUGAUUGACGCCGGAGCAGACAUCAACAAGAAGGACACGUACGGAUUCACGCCGCUGCACCGCAUGGCCUCGAACAACCUCCCGCGGGGCGCCGAGGCGCUGCUCCGGGCCGGCGCCGACCCGACCGAACCAACAGGCGCCCCCUACGCCGGAGAGACCCCCACCGACAUUGCCAGGGCCUCCCGCGCCCGCGCCGUACUCGCGGUGCUGCAGAGCUUCGGGGCCUGA